AUGAAUAUGUCUGUCUCGGAUUUAUCUGUUGGAUGUCGAUUUGCGGAUUAUUUUGUGAUUUGUGGCCUCGAUUUCGACUCGGGAUUGGAAGCUGAUGGUUUAAGUGGAGACAAUUUACACAUAUCGCCCCUCGAUCGUUCGUACAAGGGAAAAGUUCUAGCUCACUACCCUGAGAAUGUUCACUCUAAUAAAUUUGAUGAAAAUGCGGUGUGUAUGCUCUGCCUGCCGGCUAGUCUCCAGUUUAAAACACAAAAACACUCAUUAGAACCAAAGUUUCAUAGUUUUGUAGUGACCAGAGAAAAUGCAUCUAGAUAUUAUGGAUUCAGUCUUAUCUUCUAUGAAGAAGUGCGAAACAGGAACAUUUGCAAUGCCAUGCAUACACUACAGGCUAUGUAUAUCACUGAGUUAUCGAGCGGGCAGACUCCGCCAGGCCAUAGAAAAGGGUCAGGCAAAGAAAGUUCUAGAUCUUUGCCGCGCUCCUUCAAACUUGCCCCACACACCGGAGCCGCACUCACAUACUACGAUAUAACCAAAGACAAACUCUAUGUAGCCAAAAGUAUAGCACUUAUAUGUCAAUACCCGUAUGUGAGGGUCGCACAAUUAUUCUUAGAGAAUUUAUUUAGGUCAUUACCGAGACAGCCCGGCCCAGGUCUUAGCCCCGAGUCCUAUGUUUACAACUUGCUGUAUGAAGUUCCAGUGCCCAUUCCUGGUCAAGCAUUACGUCUUUAUGUCCCUCCAGCCGAACCUCAUCUCGAUUCAAUACCAGUUGUGAUAAGAAUGCCAAAUCCUCCCGAUGAGUUACCACUUCUUGACUACCCUCUGCGUGUAAUGUUUACAUUGUUGGGUGCAGAAUAUGUCGUACAGCUGUUCACUUGUGUACUGCUGGAACAUCAAGUGCUUUUGAGAUCCAGUGAUUUCAACAAGUUGAUGCUUGUGUCUGAAUGCAUCGUGUCUCUUCUCCUGCCAUUCACCUGGGCCUAUGUUUACGUCCCUAUACUGCCGGCACCAUUAUACCAUUUUCUUGAUGCACCAGUGCCUUUUGUUAUGGGUCUCCAUACUGAUAGUGCAUCAAUAGGUAUCGGUAAUGGGCCAAGGAAUAUAGCUCUUAGUUCUGAAGCUACCCUCUGUUUAGUUGAUAUUGAUAAGCCAGACAUACAACUUCCCGAGGAACUGCCAAUAUUUCCACACAGAACCCCAUUCAUCGAAGAACUCAAUCACAUAUUGGAUAAACAUCAGGUUCAGAGGCCUGAAACAGAGCCUACUAAACUUGGUAUGCCUGUAAACGGCACUUCAUACAAACAUAUGAAUGAUGGAAUGAGCAGCAGUUGUACAUUACCUUCAGGUGGUCUUAGACGGAAGCAUUCAUUUCAUGACGUGUUAGAAUGGGAUGAGAGUCGACCAUUGAAUGCCUCGCCUCCAUCGUCACCGCGCCGAGCUCCGCGAAGAAUGGACGCCCUACAACGGAUUGUGGAUAUAGUCAAACGAACCGGCGUAAAUAUAGACGAUGUAGACGCGGACACCGUGAUGCCGACCACCAAGAAGAAGAUAUUGAACGACGAGGAACAAUACAAUGAAGAUAUAAGAUUCAAUAUAACAAUUAGAGAAACUUUCCUCAACAGAUUCGUUCACAUGUUCCUUAUGUAUGAAAACUUUGUUAUAAUGCCCGACCAGGAUCGUGACUCAUGGCUGUCGUCCCGUGAAUCGAUGGUGAAUUUCGACAAGGCUUCAUUUCUAUCUGACCAGCCACAACGACAUAGACCCUUCCUAUCACGCUUCCUUGAAACACAAAUGUUCGCGACUCUCAUAGACAACAAAAUAAUGGCCAACUGGGGCGAAUACGACGCUAACCUACAAGUCUUCGAACAUAGAAUUCGAGCGGUCAGGGGCCGGCUGGGCGAGGGCGGGUUGGCUACACGUGGUUACAGCGUGUGGGCGGGUGGCAGUGGCGUGGGCGCGUGGAGCUGCGAGGUUGAAGUGGGGGCGCCAGCGGAGCGCCUUCCGCAUAGGGCGGCUUACUAUAGAGCCUUCCCGGCCAGGCUUGACGCGGCCGCCCUAACUCCGCCCCCGCCCAGCGACCGAAGAACUAAUAGCUUGAAGCGUAUUAAGAACGCUAAGUGGCAGGUGAAGGAUUGUCCCCCGGAACUUUUGUUGGGAGAUAUUGGGAGACGACUUUCAACUGAGGUUACUACCGCUGCUAUGGCGCAAAAUAAUAGAGCAUUUGUUGAGAAACUAUUGAAGGAAUGUAAGAGCAAAACAAAAAGAAUGCUUCUCGAAAAGAUGGGUACAGAAGAAAGUGAUUUGGGGCUUGGAAGUGAGAUAUCAAUAACUGGUAUAGAAGAAAGUACUAUGAUAGCGUCGCUAUGUGAUCUGUUGGAGAGACUUUGGUCGCACGGUCUGCAACACAAGAUGGGGAAAUCAGCUCUAUGGAUGCAUUUAACAAAUUACCAGGAAUUAGAACAGUGCAGCAAUUCUGCUAAACCUAUAGACCCCAACUAUCUGACGCCUGCUUUGGCUUGGUGUGUUCUGAGGAAACGACUCGAUUAUUUAUCAUCUGUGGGCGCGGAAGUCGAACCUCAGCAGAAUUCCAAUCCGAAUAGAUCACGAGAUAGCUCGCGAGGCGGAUCCCGGGAUAGUUCCCGCGAUCGUCUCAGUAAUUCUGGUACAUUGGAACGAAAAUCGCCUCCGAAUCCACUUCGACCUUUACCCGAAAAUCUAACAUUCGAUAUGAGGAAUGUGCAAGCAAUGACUGAUAUAAAAACGGAAAUCGGUUACGCUCGAGCCUGGGUGAGGCUUUCGCUCGAAAAGAAGUUGCUAUCGAAACAUCUGAGGGAACUUCUAUCAGAUACGACUUUAUUAAGAUCUCAGUACAAGAAAACCGCGUUCUUGCGCUGCGAGGAAGAGAGAGAGCAGUUCCUCUAUCACCUUCUAACGCUGAACGCUGUUGACUAUUACUGCUUCACCAAUACUUAUCCUACCACCAAGUUGCCCUACCGAGUCCUCAUAGUACCUUCUCGUAAGGCGAGUCAAACAACAGCCAACUGCUGGCUUUCCAUAUCUGGUGCUAAUGGAGAAUCAACACCAAAAAUACCCAUUCCAAGGAACACUAAUGAGUUCGUUUUCCAUCACAAGAAUUUGGGGAUUCUGUCGACUCUUCGUAUAGGUCAUGAUAACACUGGCUUAUCACCCAAAUGGUUAUUGGACCAGGUCUAUGUACGAAACGAAGUCACGGGACAUACAUACAAAUUCCCGUGUAACCGCUGGCUGGGUACCGGUGUGGAUGACGGCAGUACUGAGCGCGUGGUGGUCGCGUCCCGCUCCCGCGCCCGCUCGCCCCGCACGCCCGCGCCGCCCCCCGCUACCUCACCUACUACCACACAUCUAUCAACAUCUACGAUACAACAUAUGAUCGGUGACUGUGUUAACGCAAUCGUCAAAUGGCAUUAUCAAUCUAAGAGGGAUAAGGAUGCCAAUUCCUUGAGCGUGUUGCUCUGCGGUGAAAAUGGACUCGUCAAGAGUUUAGAACAAGCCUUCCUCUGUGGAUUUAAGUCAGCUCGACUGUUUGGGAAGAAUCUCUUCAUUUGGGACUAUUUCGCUCGAGUAAAAGACGAAUUCAAAAUGAGCCUCUGCGAAGAUAGCAACCAGUCUAACAAGAGCUGCGUUGUUUACAACUGUAGACAAGACCAGGAACAUCGUGCUAUAUGGAGGUGCUAUUGUCAUCUCAUGGACGAGGUCAGCAGUGUUGGACGCACGCUGGGCAAGGAUGGGAAAUUCCAGCUAUUUAUAUGUCUUAGCUUGAGGGAACACUGGCUUCAUAGAAUGUUAGUACCGAUGUCAUUGACCCGGGUCACUACUGAGAUGUAUGAAGAACAAAGUUUUAUGAGGAAACGGGGCCUUCUUACAUUCUUAAGGCAAAUACUUGAACCGUUGGACGAAUUUGACAUAGUACUGGAGAACUCACUAACACAAGGCAUUUAA